UGUGGUACAGUAACAAUGAUUAAUCUGUUUGUAGGCAAUGGGAGCAGAGAAUGGAGUAUUUGCUGGAGUCAGCAGCAGUCACUUGGAGUAGCUAUAUUACAUUAUCCUACAGAGAACCUGCAGCACUCUGUUCAAACUCUAAAGGGCUCCGACAAGCAUCCUGUUACACCUGUAGCACAGCAUCAUCCAGGAUACACCUGCAAGAUGAACUCUAAAUGUAACCGAAGUUCUGUAGUACAGCAAAGUUCAUUAUUGUGCCAGAGAACUCACAGGGAAAAGAAAUCAUGUAAAUGUUUUGAAUGCAAUAAGUGUUUCAGAAAAAGAUGUAAUGUAGUAAAACAUGAAAGGAUUCACAGGGGGGAGAGACAAUAUAAAUGUCCAGAAUGCAGCAAGUGUUUCAAACGAGGGGGUCAUCUAGUAUACCAUAAAAGGACUCACACGGGGGAGAGACCAUAUAAAUGUCCAGAAUGCACUAAGUGUUUCAGAGAAAGAAGUGAUUUAGUAAAACAUGAAAGGACUCACACGGGGGAGAGACCAUAUACAUGCCCUGAAUGCAAUAAGUGUUUCAGACAAAGAAGUGAUUUAGUAAAACAUGAAAGGACUCACACAGGGGAGAGACCAUAUACAUGCCCUGAAUGUAAUAAGUGUUUCAGUCAAAGUAGUAAUUUAGUACACCAUGAAAGGAUUCACAAGGGGGAGAGACCAUAUAAAUGUCCAGAAUGCAGCAAGGAUUUCAGUCAGUUGAGUAAUCUAGUACAGCAUAAAAUGAUUCACACGGGGGAGAGACCAUAUAAAUGUCCUGAAUGCAAUAAGUGUUUCAGACAAAGAAGUGAUUUAGUAAAUCAUGAAAGGAUUCAUACGGGAGAGAGACCAUAUAAAUGUCCAGAAUGCAGCAAGGAUUUCAGACAAUCGAGUAAUCUAGUACGGCAUAAAAUGAUUCACACGGGGGAGACUAUAUAAAUGUCCUGAAUGCAAUAAGUGUUUCACACAAAGAAGUGCUCUAGUACAUCAUGAAAGGAUUCACAUGGGGGAGAGACCAUAUAAAUGUCCAGAAUGCAGUAAGUGUUUCAGAUGUAGGAGUGCUCUAGUAAUUCAUGAAAGGACUCACACGGGGGAGAGACCAUAUACAUGUCCUGAAUGCAAUAAGUGUUUCAGACAAAGAAGUGAUUUAGUAAAACAUGAAAGGACUCACACGAGGUAAAGACCAUAUACAUGCUCUGAAUGUAAUAAGUGCUUCAGUCAAAGAAGUGAUUGUGUACACCAUGAAAGGACUCGCACAGGGGAGAGACCAUAUAAAUCUCUUGUAUGCAAUAAGUGUUUCACACAAAGAAGUGCUCUAGUACAUCAUGAAAGGAUUCACACGGGGGAGAGACCAUAUAAAUGUCUAGAAUGCAGCAAAUGUUUCAAACAAGGGAGUCAUCUAAUACACCAUAAAAGGAUUCAC